GAUCGCAUUGGUAAGGGCCAAAAGGGAUCAAUAUUUGUAUUGCGUGGGUAUGGGGCACAAUUUCGGCCGCAUGAAGCACAGGGAAUGAAAGUGGGAGAACGUGAGGUUGAGGUUGGAGAAGAUGGGCGUGAUGAAGAAGACGAUCGACUAUGGGAAGAAAUGGGACAACUUAAUGCAGCAGUUCAAGAAGGUUCACACGUUUCAGCAGCUCUCCGGCGGGAAUGGCUACUUCAAGCUUGCUUCAUUGGCCAGGAGAUCGGAGGGCUUCAACUUCGUAAUGGACCGGUGUGUGUACCACGAGAUAGAGGCUCUGAUGAAGGGGGAUCACACAAUCCACCCCAAGAAUCUGGCAGACACAGGGGCGUCGGGGGGGGUUCAGAUGCCAGCAGGUUCGAAGGCGGGAGGGGAAUCCAUGGGCAGUGAAGGCGGAGGGGAGCGCGUGUACGAAGAGCAGGGGUCGACGAAAGAUUUGACAUUCAGCACCUGGAGCGCUGAUGGUUCCAAGAAAAGGAAGAACAUGCGACAAGUAACCUUUGAGGCCAUCGCCGAAGUAAUGGACAAACAUCGAACGCUCAUGGCAUGCACCAUGGAUACCGCUAGCAAGAGGCAAUGUGCUAUGAUGUUACGGUAGUGCGAAAUCCUUGAAAGCGAAACAAAAGUGCAGAGGAAAC